AUCCUCUUCUUAUUGCCUUCAUUUCCCACCCUCUCAGCCUCAGGGAAAGGAAAUGGCAAUAGAAAAAUGUAGCCGGUGUGGUGUGCAACUAGUUGUGCCCCCAGACGCUCAAGCGAUUCGAUGUGCUGUGUGUCAAGCCGUCACCAGGGUUCAUUCCUACUACCCUCUGGCUCAAGCCCGCGAGUCAGCUAGCAGGAUUACUUCUGGUCUUAUUAGCAUGGUUUCUGGCAACAUUACCACCAUGACUAGUUCGGUUAGUAGCAGUAGCUAUCCUGUGCCGGGUUAUGGUGGUUAUUAUGCUCCGCCACCAAUUAGGCCCGUACUGCAGUUGCCUCUUCCUUCAAUGCAUGGGAGGAAACGGGCUCUGCUUUGUGGAGUAAGCUAUCGAGGCAAGAGUUAUAAGAUCAAAGGAAGUAUUAAUGAUGUUAAGUGCAUGAGAUAUUUUCUUGUCGAGAAGUUUGGGUUUCCCAAUGACUCCAUACUCAUGCUCACAGAAGAUGAGACAAACCCAUUACAGAUACCAACAAAAGAGAACAUAAGGCUGGCUUUAAGGUGGCUUGUUCAAGGCUGCCAGCCAGGGGACUCGUUAGUGUUUCACUUCUCUGGCCAUGGUUCAAAGCAACUUGAUUAUGACAUGGAUGAGGUUGAUGGGUUUGAUGAAACUUUAUGCCCCCUUGACUAUGAAACUCAAGGGAUGAUAGUUGAUGAUGAAAUCAAUGAGACCAUUGUUAGGCCAUUGCUACAAGGAGUCACACUUCAUGCCAUUAUUGAUGCCUGCUAUAGUCAAACUAUGCUUGAUCUUCCAUUUGUGUGCAGGAUGAAUAGGGAAGGAUACUAUACAUGGGAGGACCAAACUCUUUCACCAUAUGCUUAUAAAGGCACGAGUGGAGGGCUGGCACUUUGUAUCAGUGCUUGUGAUGAUAAUCAAACCAGUGUGGAUACGACAGCAUUGGCAGGCAAUGCUUCGACUGGUGCCUUGACGUAUUGCUUCAUCCAAGCAGUGCAAAAUGAACCUGGAUUAACAUAUGGACGCCUGCUUAAUUCUAUGCGCCAGGUGAUUCGUGGGGCGAAAACUGGUGGAUUACGCCUAAAUGGUCCCAUCGCAUCCCUAGUAAAUAAAGCUCUGUUCAACACUGAGAUAACACAGGAGCCUCAGCUUUCCUCGUCCGAGACAUUUGACAUCUACGCGAAGCAGUUUAUACUGUAAAUUGAAUUGGGUCACAGUUGCUAUCCAGUCUUGCAAUGGAAAUUGUUAUAUAUUAAAUGAAUGAUUAUUCAUCCAUCAUAAUCUGUCAAAAACACUAUACUGUGAUACUCACAGUUUGUACAGCUUCAAGGAGCAUGGUUUAGACCAAUAGAUAUUAGAGAACAUCCUCUUCAUCUCUGUAAAUUACAUGGCUUGAAUUUGUGGUAAUUGUAAUUUCAAUAAAUUUGAUGUUUUCUCA